AUGUCUAGGUUUAUGCGUGCUAACUAUCCAGAGAGGAUAAUUUUCAUCUUGCUCUAUUUAUGCAUUGGAAUCAUAAUUAUGAAGUUAUUGUGUGGGCAGGAGUUUAGGUUAAGAGCAAUAGCACGGAAAGGAAUUGGCAGAGAUCAUGCGAAAUGGUCUCCUGCAGCGACUGUGACUUUGAUGUAUGAACCAGAGAUCUACAACAACAAUGACAGCAUUCAAGGAAACCAAGAGAACCAACAAAAUCAGGGAGAUCCACAGAAUAUUAACACUCAAGUUCCUAUUCCACGAGACUCUCCACGACAAUCUCGUGAGGGUACUCCUGAUGGGUCUCAAAUAAACGAGCAUGCUCAAUUUGAAAAUGCUGAAGCCGUUGAUGAAGCUUUGCAGAAAUUAAUUGCUGCUCACGUCAACAAAGUUGUUGAGGCACUUGUUAACCAAUUACCUGUUGCAACACCCACUACUACUCCAAAUAAUAAUACUUUGGAAAACCCUCGUUCCGGGCUUGUAACUCAGGCAGCGGUGGAACUCCCAAUGAAUCACAAGAGAGAGAACCAGGUAAUGUAA